UCGGGGUUCGCGAGGCGAACGGCUCCAGGUGGUGGGUGCUGGACAAAUGGGCCGAGGAGGAGAGCUGGAUUUGUCGAGUUGUGGGUUCGCGGCGUUCAGCCUCAACGACCCACGCCAGACGCAGUCACAUACACACCCAACACUCGUGGAGCAUCGCCACAACUAUGGCACCCAAUUCGAUCUUCUCCAUUCUCCACUUGUUGAUCAGAUUACCGUAAACAUUGCAGUUUCGAUCCCUCUCCUCGAAGGCAUCGCCGAGCAGCAACGCUCAAAACCAGAAAUCCGGUGCGAAUUUCCGUGCCCUGAGGACCACCUGCCAUGGUUCGAUGGCGUGGGGAUGCCAGGUUUUUCCUCGUGCUUGCGUCCCUCUGCUGUGUGGUCUCUUUUUCGAACGGGCGGGUCUUACCCAACCUACCCUCUUCUCCGAGCGCGAGAGUAGGAGAAUUGGAGAGGGACGGAUUCGAAUCCAGUGCCGAGUUUUAUAGAAUCGUGGCUGAGGUCCCAUCGACGACGAAGACCGAUGUUGAGGGGGGAAAAAUUCAGUCGAAAACGCAAUCUUCGGCCAGUGAAGCACAAAAUUGCUUACUCGGUCUUUGCAAGAUCUUUAGAAGAAACGGUGACACCGACGACCAAUACUGGCAGCUUUCAGAUCCUUCCAUUCCUGUUAUUCAAGGCAAGAAGUGGACGAAGACGUUCGGGAAGAUCGCUGAGUGGGUACUCCACGCAAUCGUAGUUGUGCUGGUCGUCGGUGCACUGUCUUACUUAGUAUCAUGUCUCUGCGCCUGUUGCAUAGGUUUGGAUUUACUAGCAGAGAUAUGGCGUCGCCUGGGCGGGUGGUCAGCGUUCGAUUAUUUUGUAAAUGUUGCGCCAUCUGUGGCGGAAAUUGAUCCCGAGCCAUUACCCCUUCUGCGCAGCCAAGUUGAAUAAAGCGGAUCGAGCUCUCAUAUCGUUCAUGGAGCAGUCUAGCUUGGCUCUGACCGAAUUCUUCAAAUUGA